AUGGCCCGUUUGAGGCCGCCGUCGGCGAAUUGGCGACGCGAUGAGUUGCACGCCGACAUCGAAACAUCGAGCUCAAGAAUUGAAUGCAGGCGCUCUGGUGAGAUGGUGGAAAACAAUCCCUUUGCUUUCAGCCCAGCCCAGCUUUCUAAGAUCUUCGGACCCAAAGGCAUGUCAGCUUUCCAUGCUUUAGGAGGCUUACGCGGCAUCGAAGCAGGUCUCCAGACACAUCGCAACUCGGCUCUCAGCAUCGACGAAAAUAAUUUCGGCAGAUCUUCCUUUGAAGAGGCUUCGAACUUGCCAUUUUCGAAAUCUCGGGCAGACGAUCCCAAUCAACCGAAUGAGCCAAGCUCUUAUGGCAACGCGGCCUAUUUCCACUAUGCAACUUUGGCAGAUCAGAAGCGCAUUUUUAUGGACAACAGACUCCCAAAGAUGUCGAAAUCUCUGCUUGAACUAUUCCUGGCUGCUAAAAGCGAUAUCGUCUUGCACGAUAUUCUUGAGCUGAUCAUUCUGGUCAACAACUUUUGUGCUGUUAUACGAGCUUCUACUUGUGGUCUUGAGAUCAAGGACGACAGUAUAGCACGCAAGUCACUUCAAGCAGUCACUCUGAUGGAACAUCUCUCAAUGGCUUUGGUCCUCCUCGCUGUUCCUUGGACGAGUUGGAAAAUGUGGCUGGAAUAUUCUCGGAUCGCAUUGUUGAAUCAGAGCCAAGAUCGCCCCGCCAAGGUUAUCCGUUCUAGCAUAACAACCGAAAUCUCUCUAUUUGAUUUGAUGCCAGGCGACAGUGUAGUUGAUUCAAUUAUUCUAUCCGGCAGCACGGUCUUAGAGGGACUCGGCACACUCUUGGUGGUUGCCACUGGUGUCCACUCCGUUGACGGCAAGAUCAAGAUGAUCCUUAUGAACGAGCCGAAAAUUGCACAGCACGAAUGGAUUAUCAGCCUGGUUUUGAAAAUACUCUGGCUCGCCUUUUUCCAUCCAAGACUCAUCGAAUUACUUUUUCAGGGCAUCCUGAGCAUCUUCGGCGGAACAUUCUGGGAGAAACUCAAAGCUGCGAGCAAUGCAUGCAUACCUCAUACGGCUAUGCGAAACGACAAACAGUCAUUUUUGCCGAUACUGCUUGAGGGAGAGUCAGCCCUGGCACUGCCUGAUACCGAGGUUGGGUACAAUGUCAUAACCGAGGAUUAUGCAGCCUUGAUCGGAGUUAGAAUCAACCGAGACCUCCCUGUUGGAAAAUCUAGGUGA